UUCAAUUCAACAUGAAGAGGAAGAGAACAAUCUCUCUCAAUUCUUCUUCCAUAACAACAAGAAGCAAAACACGUGCUGCUGCUGCUGCUGCUGCAGCAAAAUUUUACUUACCUGAUGACUGUUGGGAAUCUGUCUUCAAAUUCGUCAUCAACGACAAAUCUAAAUUCAAAAAUCGUAGGUACUUGAAUUCUCUCUCUUUGGUCUCUAAACAAUUCCUCUCCAUUACCAACAGUCUCAAUCUCUCUCUUACUAUCUAUAAUGGAUCACGCCCUUUCCUCCGCCGUCUCUUCCAAAGGUUCACCAACCUCACUUCCCUCGAUCUCACGUGGUACGAUCGUGAUCUCAACAAGCUUCUCUGCCAAAUCUCUCGUUUUCCAUUGAACCUUACAACUUUGACUUCUCUUACUUGUUCCAGAGUUGAUUCUCUCCGUAGCGGUGACAUGUGCCUCAUCGCCGACUGUUUCCCCAAUUUGCAGCUGCUUGAUUUAAGUUAUUGCUCAUACGUAUCUGAAGAAGGUAUUCUUCAGGUUUUAAGGAGAUGUUGUAAACUUAGGCAUUUGAACUUAGCCAACUGUUCUAAAAUAGAACUUCAUGGAAUGAACUUUGAAGUUCCCAAUUUGGAGGUGUUGAAUUUGUCACGUACAAGUGUUGAUGAUGAAACACUCUAUAUGAUCUCACAGAGUUGUCGUGGGCUUUUGCAACUGUUAUUGCGUAGUUGUUAUGUCACAGAGAGGGGAGUGAAUUAUGUGAUAGAAAACUGCACACAACUGAGAGAGAUUAAUUUGAGGGGUUGUUGUAAAGUUCAUGCUAGCUUUGUUGCCUCAAUGCUAUUAUCAAGACCAUCAUUGAGAGAGAUAAUUGUUCCAAGUCUUCGUCAUUUCAGUGUUACAGAGAGAGAAUUCUUCAAGCGGCAUAUAUGCCUUGUUUACUAGUAUUCUGAAACUGCUCUGCUGAUGUUUGAUCUCUUAAUGAAUGUUUAAAAGCAUAUAAUUAAUUUGCUCAACAUCUGUCUAGAAAAGAUAAGCCAUUCUGAAUACUUCUCAGUUUCUUGUUACAUAUACAAGCUUUAUACUCGCAAGGUUGUAACGAAAGUUCUAAUCAUGAAGCCAGAGAAGACUUACUAAAGGUUUCCUAAAAUCUAUAUGUAUUAUAACAAAUUACAUUCCAUCCAUCCUAUUUAUCAUUCAUGUGAAUCAAUACUAUUGUUUGACCCGAUUAACCUUUGAUUACCAUUUUCCUACUUAUCAAGUUCUG